GCUGAAUUUAAUGUUGGACGCAAUGCCUCGGGAUGUCAGGAAGAACAUUCUUUGUUCAGAAGAGGUUCUUUCCAUCAUGCCAUCUAUGGGAAGGAGCAUUAUUGAUGCUGGAGAUUAUGAUUUACAAGUGGCGAUUACAGAAGCAUUAUGCAGAAUGACAUCAGAAAAACAAAGAGGAGACCUGGCCAGCCAAUGGUUCCCCAUGGAGUUUGUGACAGAUGCAUUUAAAGCGAUCAAGGACCCUGAGUUUGAGACGGACUGUAGAAAAUUCCUUAAUCUGGUGAAUGGCAUGCUUGGUGACAAAAGAAGGGUUUUCACCUACCCGUGUCUUUCUGCAUACCUGGACGAUCACAAGCUCCAAGCCCCAUCUGAUGAGAAAUUAGAAGAAUUUUGGAUUGAUUUCAAUGUCAGUACAGAGAGCAUGUCCUUCUAUAUUUCAGCUGAUGAUGAUGAGGAUCAUCGAUGGGAGACUGUCUGUGUGACUGAAAAUGAAGUCAGCAUGUAUAGCAUACAAGCAGAAAUAGAGAACAAGUUGCUAUUAGCCAUACAUCUUAAUACUCCUGCAACAGUUGGCAAAGCAAAUGGCUCUCAGAUACGGAUAUAUUUUGACUCUUUACUGGAUAUUCAAGAUGCUGUCAUGAAGAUCUUUGGUUCUACUAAAUUGAAGGGAUUUACCAAGAAGAAUUGCAGCUCAGUUGCAAAGACUGCUGUACGUAUUAUCUUUGAGGAAAGUGGAUCUCAGAUUGUGAUUCCUGAGAGCCAGGACUCAUCCUUAUCUUUGAAGUGUAAAGAAGUGAGCGAUGGGGCGGAAACCAGACUAAAAAAUCCAUGUCUGUUGACCGCAAGCGUCAUUCGACAUAAUGAAGAUCUAGUUACUCCCAUUAAAAAGAAAGUUUCGGAAGCAAGAAUGAUCAUCCCUGUUUUGGGGGUUUACAAACUAAAAAACCCACCAACAGCAGCUAACACACCAUUACAGCAUAAAGGGAGAGUAAAACCACGUUUAGAAAUGAUCAGCUCUGCAGAGAGAAACACUGGAUCCACAUCUUCAACAUAUAAAAAAGUUAGCCAGCCAAUCACCACAAUAGAAAAUGUUUCGUUUCAGAAGAUGAAACUUGGUAAUGAUUUUGAAAUGAUGAAAAUGGAUGAAUCAUUAAGAAGUCCCGAAGAGAAAGCUGAGAUUGUGCUGGGCACUCAGCCUGUAAACAGGAUGGAACCAACCGUAUUGCCCAGUGUCUCAGGGAGCUGUUUGACUGAACAGAAACAUGACUUGGGCAGGAAGAAGCCUAGAUGUGAGAAGGCCAAAUUCAGUGUAUCUGAAGAACUUGUUUGCAAUCAAGGCAUAGGUGUAGGCAGCAGUGUGGUCAAACAGCACUCCUCCAGUUCAGUGUCUGAGAGAAGGCAAUUUCUGAAGCAGCCAGUAAAAGCCACUCAGAAGUUACAUCUCAAGGCUGAAGGUCAUAAAUGUCCAAACCUAAAUCCCAGCUCAGACUGUGUUUCCUAUAAUGUAGAAAGAAGUGCUGAAAUAAAGAAGUAUGGAAACGAGCAGUCCUUACAGCCUGAAACAUCAGUAAAAAACAGCAACUGUAGCAGAACCAAUGGACUAUCCAGGAUUGAUGCCCAAAAUGCCAGUUUAUUGAAAAGUAUCGGAAAGGACAGCGACAAAAAGGAGGCAUCGCAGCUGCAUGGAUCAAAGCAGUCAGGACUUCCUCCAGUCUCAGUGAAGGAUGCUGAAAAAGAAAAGGAUAAGAACGAAAAGGUAGCUCUGUCACUGAUCCACAGGAUUGGGAGCAAAUACUCUAGGGCAGUUACACUGAAAAAGCCUGUCCAAAUGGCAUCGGCAAGAAACUGCACAAAUAAGUAUACACUCAAAGAAAACCAGGAUAAACACAAAAGUAGAAGCCCCAGUCUACCAAAACCAAAGCAAUUCAAUGUAUCUGCAGAAAAGAACAAGAACGACAUUUAUAGGUUCAGCGGAACUGAUGAUCCAGUCAUAAACCUUGGGGCUUCCUUUAAUAUUUUUUCCAAGGAAACCAACACAACAUUGAUAAAUACAAAGAAAAAUGGGGAAAGUAAAGAGAGAGACCAAACAGACAGCAAGAAAAAGUGUAAAAGUUACCAACGGAAGCAUCUGUUCAGUGACACUGAUACAGAAAGAGGGGCUGACGAGAGUAAAACUGAUAUUAGUUGGAUAAAGAAUCCAAAUACCAAAAAUAAGCCCAGGAUUGUGGGGUAUAGCAGGCAGAAACAGGGGAAGAGGACAGAGGACACAUCUCCGUAUAGACCACAAGAUACUUCCAAAAAUAACGAUGGGAAAAAAGCAAAUAAGGAAGCUCGGGAACGAUUUGCAAACAGGAAGACUGUGAACUCUGACAUUGAAAAGCCACAGAACAAACGUCCCCGCAGAGCCGCCCUAAAAAAGAAAAUCUACAAAGACCUUUCCAACUCAGAACCAGAAUCUGAGGAGGACACCAGACUGUGUUCUGCAAGCAGAGAACACACCAAGCCUCACCUAGCUGCAGAUCUACCAAGGAGGCCUGGAAAUACUCAUUCAGCAGAAUCCCAAAUAAGGCAUCCUAGGACCGAGACCAAAUCCAUAAAUUCAAGACUAGAGGCAUCACCAUGCCAGCAGCCAGGACCAGAGAUGGUCACUUUAUCUCCAAGUCCUCCUUCAAUUGAAAAAAAUAGAUCUGAUGGCAAUGUGUCAAAUAAUGAAUUAAAAGGAAUACAUCAAGCCAUUGCAAGAUCAUCUUCUCCAUCUCUGUGUGCAUCUUCCCCUGAGAAAGAAACAUCCGUACUUUCAAGGCCCAUUUCCACCAAAAUAUUUUACAAUCAGCAAGCAAAGAACAGAGACAACCUGUUCAGUCCAACCAAGAAAGCGAAGUCUAAUGAUACUGUGAACGAAUCCUGCUCCCCAGCUUCCAGCAUUGUGUCUCUGGCCAUGUCAGGCAGUGAAACCUGGGGUCAAUCUGCAGUGCGAGAUUUUAAUAAAAAGAGAACAGAGGAAGGAAACAGUGAGCAUGUGGUGAGCGCCUCUCCACAAUGCUGUGACAAAGGGAGGCCUAGACCAGACCGGAGCAAGCAGGGCAGAAUAGAGGCCUGCAGCCCUAUAUCAAGUCACACUGAGAGUAGCAGGAUACCAUCGAGCUGUGAAAUACCUAACGCCUCGGUGCACAAGUUAGGCCCCUCAGACGCCAACCUAAAACGCAAACAUGAUGGUAACCGUGUCAGUCCCAAAGGAAGUACAGAUCAAAUAAAACGCAGGAAGGCAAAGCUGGUCCCACGGAAACUCUUUUCCUCCACGGCAAAAGACAGUUUCUCUUGCAAAGUUUCAGAGAGUUUGUCCACUGUGUCAGGAAACGAGCUGUCCACAACAAAAGCACAGACGAGGGAUGGCAGCAGUUUGGGUGUUAAUGUAAUGUGUCAACAAAUCAGCAAAGAGUUCAGCAGAAAAAUUGAGAAUCGUUCUAAAAAGAUGGAAUGCUUCACAAAACAAUCGUUAAAAUCAGCACAGAAACAUCUCACCUCUGUGAGCAUUCAAGUACAGGAAUGCAGAAUAAAACGGCUGGAUGUUUUCCAAGGAACAAUCUUGGAAGAGAUUGAGAACUUUGAAAAGGAUUCACUGGCUCUAAAAAAUAUGGAGAACGAGUUCACAACCUUUUGGACAAAACAGAUGCAAAUGUUUAGCAUGUAUAGGAAAAACGAACUAAAACGUAUUCAAAACCUUCAGUCCUCACUUGAAAAGAAUGUACAUCAGAGUAUCAACUAUGAAGAAAAGAUUUUCAACUCUGAAAUGACUUUAAUGAAAGAUCGUAUGAAGAGUGUGCAGGAAAAUCUUCUCAAAGAGAUGCAAGAAGAGGAACUGCUCAGCGUUCGAAGAGGACUUCAAUCUCUCUUUAUGGCGGGAGCAAGGACCUUAUAACUAAAACCAACAGGAAGGUGAUUUCUGACAUCUUUGUGGAUUGAUCUUUGUAUUUAGCUUUUCAUGUUGACAUAUUGUUCUAUUAUAUAUUGUAUCACAUUUCAUAUGGAAGGAGUUGCUCAUUUAUGUGUUUCUUUAAUGGUUAUUUGGUGUGUUUUUAAACUAUUUCACUCCUAAUUUUACUA